CAUGCCGCCGCCCGCGCUGCUCCGCCUGUGCCUCUGCGCGGCUGCCGCCGCCGCCUCCUCGUUCACCCUCGGCGGCGAUCACCGCCUGGCUGGGCUGUUCCCGCUGCACACCGCGCCGCGCCGGGACGCUGCCAGCCUGCUCGUGCGCGGCUGCGAUGACGCUGCCUUCAAGAGCCACGGCUACUGCCUGUCCCAGGCCAUGCGCUUUGCCGUGGAGGAGAUCAACAACUCCAGCACGCUGCUCCCCAAUGUCACCCUGGGCUACGAAAUCUACGACACCUGUUCUGAGCCUACCAACUUCCACGCCACACUGUGCGCCCUUGCUCGUAAAGGGAGGCGGGAUGUCCAGGUGCUCCCCAGUUUCCAACACUAUGAGCCCCAGGCUGUGGCUGUCAUUGGCCCUGACAGCAGUCGGCUGGCCCUCACCACAGCCGCUGUUCUCAGCCUCUUUCUUGUACCACAGAUCAGCUACGAAGCCUCCACGGAGUCGCUGAGCCUGAAGCGGCUGUACCCCUCUUUCCUGCGCACCAUCCCCAGUGACAGGCAGCAGGUGAAGGCCAUCUUCUUGCUGCUGCAGCACUUUGGCUGGACCUGGGUGGUGCUGCUGGGCAGUGACAACACCUACGGCAGGGCCAGCCUAGAUGCCCUGCAGGAGCUGCUGACUGCAAGCAAUGUGUGUGUGGCCUACCGAGGCACCAUCCCCGUCAACUCAGAUGCCAGCAACCCAGAGCUUCACAACCUGGUCCAAAUCCUCACAGAUGUCAAGGUCAAUGUCACUGUUGUGUUCUCCACCAGAAGUAGUGUUCUGCCGUUCUUCGAGGUGGUGGUCCAGAGGAACAUCACGGGUAUGGUGUGGGUGGCCUCUGAAGACUGGUCAGUGGCUCAAAGUAUCUGGCAGGUGCCUGGCAUCCAGAACAUUGGUUCGGUGUUUGGGAUGGCAGUUGAGAAGCCAGAGUCCAUGAUGCUGGAACGCUUUGAAGCUUGGAAGAUGGCGGAGGAAGGUGCUGAGGCUGAGUGUGCCAGCAGUGCAGAGGCAGGCAGGGAAUCUGGGGGGAACACGCAGCUGGACUGCAUCCAGUGCUGCACUGGCUGCCAUGCACUUGCCACUGUCCCUGACAUGUAUGAUGCUCAAGGCUCCUUCAACGUAUACUCGGCCGUAUAUGCCGUGGCCUAUGGCCUCCAUGACCUACUGGGCUGUGCCUCGGGGACCUGCAGCAAAGGCAUUAUCUAUCCCUGGCAGCUCCUACAAAAGAUUAGGCAAGUAAACUUCACCCUGUACAAGAGCCGAAUCUCUUUUGAUGCCAAUGGGGACAUUCAUAAAGGCUAUGACAUUAUCAUGUGGAAGUGGAGGGGCCCAAACUGGGCUUCUGAUGUGAUAGGAACCUUCCGUGUGAACCCUGACAGACUGAGCAUCGACCCAGACAAAGUCCUGUGGCACACAGAAGAUGGCCAGGCUCCCAGCUCGGUGUGCUCUGAGCUCUGUGAGCCAGGGGAGAUGCGGCUGCAGCAGAGCCGCCACAAAUGCUGCUUCAGCUGUGUGGCCUGUCCACCGGGAACCUUCCUGAACACAUCGGACCCCUUUGACUGCCAGGCCUGUGGCUUGGACGAAUGGGCCCCAGCAGGGAGCGAGGUCUGCUUCAACCGCACCGUGGAGUUCCUGUCCUGGUCCGAGCCCCUCUCCUGGGCGCUGCUGGCCCUGGCUGUUCUUCUCAUGCUGCUCAUAGUGGCGCUGGCUGUCCUGUUCGCCCUCAACGCCUCCACACCUGUGGUCAAGUCUGCGGGCGGGAAGACGUGUUUCCUCAUGCUGGGCUCCCUGGCCUGCACCUGCAGCAGCCUCUUCUGCUACUUUGGCGAGCCCUCGCGGGUGGCGUGCCUCCUGCGAGUGCCGCUCUUCGCCAUCAGCUUCACCGUGUUCCUCUCGUGCGUGGCGACCCGCUCCUUCCAGAUCCUCUGUAUCUUCAAGCUGAACACGCGCUGCCCCGCGCUCUACGAGGCGUGGAUGCGGCGCCAGGGGCCGGUGCUGUUCGUAGCCGCCAGCACGGCGGCACAAGCGGUGCUGUGCGUGGUCGCUGAGGCCGCCAGCCCCUCGGUGCCGCGCCGCGAGUACAGCGCGCGGGACGACGGGGUGGUGCUGGAGUGCGGCCACAACGCCGCGGCCGACGCCGCCAUCGUCUACACCGUGCUGCUCAGCGCCGGCUGCUUCGUGCUCAGCUACGCGGGCACCGACCUGCCCGCUGCCUACAACGAGGCCAAGAGCCUGACCGUGAGCCUGCUGCUGCACCUGGGCUGCUCGGCCGCCGUGCUCUGCUCGCAGGGCGCGCUGCGCGGCCGGGCCGAGGCGGCGGCGCGGGUGCUCAGCACGCUGGGCACGCUCGCAGCGCUGCUGGGCGGGUACUUCGUGCCGCGGGCCUUCGUCAUCCUGCUGCGGCCGCACCAAAACACGGCCGAACACUUCCAGAUGGCCAUCCAGGAGUACACGCGCCGCCGGGCCGGGGGUGGUGGCGGCGGGCGGGGCGACGGCGACGCCGAGCCGCUUCCCGAGAACAAGGUGCUGCGGAGCAAAAAGAGCCCCCCCGCUCCGGGAAAGGCACCGGCGAGCAGAAAAGGUACAGCGGUGCCGGUCGAGUGCCCCACAUGUCAUAAAACCUUCCUCAGCAAAUAUUACCUUAAAGUGCACAACAGGAAACACACUGGAGAGAAGCCAUUUGAGUGUUCCAAGUGUGGCAAAUGUUACUUUAGAAAAGAGAAUCUCCUGGAACACGAAGCCAGGAACUGCAUGAACCGAUCGGAACAGGUAUUCACAUGCUCGGUCUGCCCAGAGGUGUUCAAGCGGCGGAUGGAGCUGCGGCUGCACAUGGUGUCACACACUGGGGAGAUGCCAUACAAGUGCUCCUCCUGCUCACAGCAGUUCAUGCAGAAGAAGGACCUGCAGAGCCACAUGAUAAAGCUGCACGGCGCACCCAAGCCACAUGCGUGCUCAACCUGCUCCAAGUGCUUUCUGUCCCGGACAGAGCUGCGCCUGCACGAGGCCUUCAAGCACCGCGGAGAGAAGCUGUUUGUGUGUGAAGAGUGCGGGCACAGGGCCUCAAGCCGCAAUGGCCUCCAGAUGCACAUCAAGGCUAAGCACAGGAACGAGCGGCCCUACGUGUGUGAGUUCUGCCACCACGCCUUCACGCAGAAAGCCAACCUCAACAUGCACCUGCGCACACACACUGGCGAGAAGCCCUUCCAGUGCCAUCUCUGCGGCAAGACCUUUCGGACACAAGCAAGUCUGGACAAGCACAACCGGACGCACACUGGGGAGCGGCCGUUCAGCUGCGAGUUCUGCGAGCAGCGUUUCACAGAGAAGGGGCCGCUGCUGAGGCACGUCGCCAGCCGGCACCAGGAGGGGCGGCCCCACUUCUGCCACAUCUGCGGGAAGACAUUCAAAGCGGUAGAACAGCUGCGUGUUCAUGUUCGCCGGCACAAGGGAGUGAGGAAAUUUGAGUGCAUCGAGUGUGGCUACAAAUUCACACGGCAGGCUCACUUGAGGCGCCACAUGGAGAUCCACGACCGAGUGGAGAACUAUAACCCUCGACAGCGGAAGCUGCGGAACCUCAUCAUCGAGGAUGAGAAGGAUGUGAUGGUGGUGCUGCAGCCGCCGCCAGAGCUGGAGGUGGGCUCAGCUGAGGUGAUCGUGGAGUCACUGGCCCGUGGGCCACUGCCCGAGGAGGUCCCUGCACAGAAACUCUGUUCAAAUGAGAACUUCUCCCCUGCAGACGUGAUUGAGCAAUCACUGAUUAUAACCACAACGAUUCCUGAAGAGUGUGAGACGUAGUGUUGCCACCCAUCCUCUUACACUGCAACAGAGUAAAGCAUUAAGCUGAGCCAUUUUCUGCCACACUUGUUCUUUUGAGCCCCUCCCCUCCUUUUCUGCCAAUGUCCAACUCCAGGCUGCAGGGAAAGAAAGUCACCAUGAUGUUGUGACUGAGUGUCAGAUGAAGAAGUCUCAGAACGGUCACUCCAGUCAGUGUCCAUGUGUGGUGUGCAGUGGGAUGGGACUGACCUCCCUGUGUCAUACUGAUUCACUUUCUGAUGCAGGAGCUGGUGCUGCCCUCCCCUUUCCUCCAUCCCUCUCACCCUGCCUGUGAUUAAAGCUCUCCUUCCCCCACAGAGAGCAGCUCUGCCCAUUCCUUAACUCCUCCUUUUAACUUGUGCCUUAUUUCUCCAUUGUUUUGCUAAGCUUUUGUCAGUUGCUCUUUCUUUCCCCCAUUAAAGGCAGAGCAUGAGCCUCAUCUGCUCAGCACUGGGAUGAGUGAGUUGUGAGUUCACUUGAAACACACUCCAGGAGACACAAAGUGCCUGCGCCUUUGUGCUCACAUGUGGAGUUGUACUGUGUCCCAAAUAACCCAAUCCAGGGUUGCUGGGAGAGUGAGAACCAUGGCCUGAGAGGUGCCAGGGUGGGGGGAGAUCUCUGUGUGUACCCCCACACCCCAGAGUUGCAGCUGCGCUCUCUCCCCUUUCCCCCUCUACUCACCAAGGAGGCAGAGAAGCUCCAGUUUAAGCAUAUCUGGAAUGAGAAACUCCCAAUAAAAUCUCACUCCAGGUCCCUUCGCCUCACAGAAAACAGAAUUGUGUAACAGGUUUUAUUUAACUUGACUGCUGCAAGUAAAUUUAAAAACAAACUAUGAGAAUAAAAAUACAUUAUCUGCAAAUGUAAAAUGCCUUUGUUUCAAAGGAUGGAGUUCAACUGUACUUGAGGAUUCAACACAAUGAAUUCUACAAAAAAUAAAUACAGAUCUGUAGCUGCUCAGCAGGUGGGACUGGGGGUCCAGCAGCGAGCACAGCCGCGUGCGCCGGGGUGCGUUAUUUAUAGCUCAGCAGAAAUGCCUCAGCCUGCGGCGCUGUCAGGAAUCGGCCAUUGCUCCCAAAAAAGCAGCAGCUGCCC